AUGGGAGUGAACAACGGCCUGGUUCCACUGGAGGAGGAACAGGAUACAACCACAGAUAAGAGUAAAUCCCUCUCUGUUUAGUAUGACAUUUGUGCUGCAGUGACAGUCGACUGUGUGCAUUAAUAUUUAAAAUAUCAUUUACUCAAAUUAAUUACGACUACUUCUCUUUUCUAAAUCAGUGUCAGUAUGCAGCGGGUUGAAAAGCUCUUCACUUUAAACAGAGAUCCGGGGAGUUAAGUGGCUUUUUGGAGUGCUUGCAAUUAACAUUGUUUUAUAUUCAGCACCUUUUUCGCUUUAAAAUCAGUGACUUGGUGACGUGGGUUUAACCUGAAAGCUGUUAACUUUUUAACUAAUUCUUUUAUAACUCAACAGUCGACUUAAUGAGCUGACUUUCCUAACGGGACAAAGUAAAUAUUCAUGAUAGAUAAAUGUCCGCUCGUACCCAGAAAUAUAUUCAACAUGCCGAGUUUUAUCUUUAUUUGCUGAAGUUUUUAAUUCAUUGAGUUUGAAACAUCAUGCUGAAAUUCUCAAUAUCAAUAUUUCUCUCCAGAAACUGUCUGGACGUUCCUUAGAAUAAGCUGCAGACCUGACUGUGUGGAUUCUGUCUCAUCAAAAACACUUCAGCAAAUAAAACUGAAACUAUCAGCAUGCUUUGAUUCAACUGGAGGUGAGUGAGAGAAAACACAAUCAGGGGGGAGUAAAGCGCCUCUUUCUUUUUGUCUUAAUAAUCCAAAUUAAAACAACCAUGCGUGAGUUGAACAGCGCCACCACCUGCAGACACCAGACUUUAUGACAGUUGGACUCAUUUGACUCAUGUAAACUUUACAGCGCUGUCAUCCGUUAUCUGUGGUCGGGGGUUAAUUUUAACUCUGUGUUGUCCUCGUUGUCUCUCAGGCUGUGUGACUCAGCACAGACAGCUGGCUCAUUACUUCGCUCUGCUCUGCUUCCUCCUCCUCAUCAUCACUCUGCUGCUGACUCUCUGCUGUGAGUGCUCCACGAUUACUUCAUGAUUGUUCCACUCUUCAUUAGCCGCGUUGUUAAGAGGCGACUCAUUUCCUAGACGUAUUAAUCGUCAUUUAAAUUCCAUCUAGCGGACUAGACUUAAGGUAAAGAAAAAAAACAACUCAGAAGAGAGUAAAAAGUGAGAGAAAUGAACUUACUUUAUCGACUUCCAAAUGCCUUUGCCAUCGCUUCUGUCAAGUCACAUGACAGAUCAACCAGACAUGACCUAUUUACAACUUUAUCUCCAUUUUAGGGGAAGAAAACACCUCAAAUACUUACCAGACAAUACUCUUCAGUGUGAUGAAAAUAAUACUAAUAGUCAUUGACAAUUAUGUCUGUGAAAACUGUGUAGGUAUACUCAUGCGCUGCAGCCAUGAAGUGAUCAUUUCUCUCCAGAAUAUUUCCGACUUUGUUGCCAGCAGCUAUCCCUCUGCCAGAAAUGAAGACGUCCUCCCUUUCAUGACUUAUUUUAGACUGAAUGUCUCCAUUUGAAGGUUCGUUUAGAGGAUUAACUCUUUACGUUUCUCCUGAACGGUUACAUGUUUUUGUUUUGUUUUUAAUUUCUUUGACCGUCUACUUUGUAUCCUUAAUUGUCUUGUAUCCAUGGUAACAUUUGACGGGGCAUUGUGUGUGUGUGUGUAAUUUUCUUUCAUUCUGUUUGUGUUUGAUAACACAGUGGCGCAGCUCACCUUGGUUUUCCAGACUCAGUCGACGCUGCAGGAAGCCAAAGUGAGAGAUCUGACGGACAAACUGGAGAAGCUCAACCAGUCGUACCGCCUCCUGUUUGACCAGUAUCCUGCCUUGAACCAGUACUGCCCAGUACACAACAUAUCCACAGGUGGUAAGGAUAAGCGCACAAACUACUCUGUAGAAUAACAAAGACCACCACAUAAGAGGAUCGCAUUAGUUUCCAUUAAUUCGUCUCUUUGUGACCAUCAAAAUUAGAGGUGUUGCUGGGGAUUCAGCUCGACUGGGGCACACACAGGUCUGGAGACGCCCCUGAUCCAGAGUCAAGCCUGAAAAACCCCACUGUUAACCUGAUCCAGGAUCAGAUUGUGAAGAAAAAAAACAUUAUUAAACUGAUUCAGGGCAGGAGUGUUACUCAGCAUAAAGCUCUACAGAGGCAAACUGGGAAAACUCACGAUGGCCAGUCCACCCCUGAUACUGGGGCACAGGCCAAAAAAUGUUGAAGUGGAAUAGUGCUGAAAAGUUUCUGAAUAUUUUGUAUUUUGAACAAAUUUUCUGUAUGGGAGUAUAGAGGAGCAGUAGGCUUCUAAAAUUGUGUGGAAUAAUUGAGGAAGUGAAGAAAAUAGAUUGAUUUAUUGGUUGAUUGAUUGAAGUUAAUUUUGAACCUAUUAAAAAUAAGAAGAAGAAGAAGAAGAAGAAGAGAAAGUAAAGAAUAGAACGACAAAUAAAGUUAUUCAUGUUCAAAAAGGAGUGGGAAGAGGUCGAGACUUACCUGGUCCCACCCCUUCUCCUACACUAAUGAUUUAGAUAUAUAUCAUUGUAUUUUACAUUUAUAAUAAUAAUAAUAAUAAUAAUAAUAAUAAUAAUCAACCAUACUAAUACUGAAUACAAGAUAAAAUGUCUGGAUUAAGCUGAAUAUUUUUAAUAGUUUGAUUGGUGAGAAAAGUGACUGUUUUCUCACUGUAGGUUAAAUGCUUGUCUGUGAUUAAAAUCCAUUAUUCUGAUGCAUAUUUUUCGACAUGAAGGCCAGGAUUUGAAAAUGUCACACAGACUUUUAUUCAUAACUUAGACUGCAUUUUUAUUGUUAUGAUUAUUUUGCAGUUAAAAAAAUAAUCUUGAAACACAUAUCAGCAUGAUUCUUUAUUUUAUACUUUUUAAUUAAAAUGACUAUACUCUCUCUUUUUUCAACAUUUGACUUUUUAGGUGUCCUUUUAUAAAAAUAAAGCAGACAAAUGAUUAAAAAAAAUUUUUUUUUAAAGAAAAAUAUAAUAAUUAUAAUAAUAAUAAGAAGAAUAAGAAUAUGUUUUUUUUGUUUCAUCCAGAGAGAGCAUGCAGACCAUGCCCAGCCGGCUGGACGCCUCAUGGUCACAAAUGUUUCCUGUUCAGUCAAGACAGAGCCGACUGGAUCAGCAGCCAGUACCACUGCAUGACACUGGGGGGAGCUGUUGCCACAGUCAGAACAGAGGAGGACCAGGUACGCACACACAAAAACUGAGCUUUUCACAAGUAUAAAUGUGUUUUUAUCUACUUUAAACACAUAUCUGAACCAUUAUGUGUGUUCAUAUAAAAAGUCACCGAGACAUCUCUUGUUUUCGGAGAGUGUCGGUGUCUAAGGAGCCUAAUUGAUAUGUUUGGCAUCUGUGCAGCUGUAAACAUGUGAGAUGCUGUUUCUGAAAUAUCAGCUGUCUCUCUUUCUCACACACACAUUAACUAUCAGAGGAGGAAGUUAAGAAUAGAUUUAAAGCUGGAUGAAAUAAGGAGACGUCUGCAGGAGUGGUAGCUGCUCAAGGUCAUCUAAGGUUUUGUCUUUCACUGUUUUACUUUACUCAGUUUAGGUGUCUGAUGUUGCUCCCAGUAAACAUGUAAAUAAGGAGGGUUCGACUGAAAAGUUUCAGGUUUGUUGACUCAUGAGUUUCUCAGGUGUUCCUGUGGAAAAAAGCCCAGAGUCUGAGCCAGGGGGACUCAUACUGGCUGGGUCUGAGAAGCAGUGGAGGUGGUGGUGGAGGAUGGAGGUGGGGUGACGGCUCCCCGCUGGAGAAAGGACCACAGUGAGUAACAGGAUGAGGGUGAGGAAGGGUCAGACGGGGACUAAGUAGUGGGGGCUCUGAAGGUGAUGAUCCUCUAGACUCUGAGUUGUUUCCCUGCAGAACUUGGUCACAUGUUGAAGGUUGAAUAGUGAGGAAACAUGACCACACAAACUUUAGAUACAUGAUUCCAAGUACAGAUUCUUAAUUUAAGUCACAUCCUGAGUGACAACAAGUGUUUUAUGGUUAAGAUAUUCAAAUUGACUCCCAAAACUGUAAACAAGGAGUUUAUGAAUGUGAUUCACUUUGAGAAAAACUACAUAUUAUACAGCGGAGGACACGUUUACUUUCAUUUUUCAACUUCUAAAACUACAAAUAAUUUGGGGGACAAAAGAAAGGUAUAAGUUCUUGACCAUUUUUAUUUGAUGGUGUAACUGUUGCUAUUUUAUUUUCCAUAUUGCAGAAUAUUUUUUGUUUAUUUUGUAUGAGAAACCCACUUUGAGAAUUACCAGGUUAUUUCUGUAUUUUAUUUGCAUUUUAUAUUGAAGUGUAAGGGUACUUUUAUUUUGACACUUACGUUGAGCUGCUAGGCCAGUAGCGUUCUGGGUAACGUCAGAUGCAAGCAAGCAGAGGUCGUGUGCACAGCUCUGACCCUUUAGCUGUCAAGUCAAGCUACGUUAAGAUUGCUAAAACUUACGGUAAAGUCAAACUAAUACUUCAAAGCUGGAAGAUAAGAAGCCUACAGAUUCCCUUUCAUAGUAUGCAGCCAACGAGGUAUUUGUUUGUCUUUAUUUUCGUUAUGAAUAUUUGUACAUGUGCAUAGUAAGUGUGCUAACUGUUAUUCCAAUACUGUGUAUUGCUAGUUUCACGGUUUGUGGAGGUCUGUGGAUGAUUAUGAAGAGGAGAAGACUUCAUUAAACCCGUUAAAGAAACAUUUGCGUCUGGACAUGCUUGGGGGGAGUCACAGUGAAACUCGGACUGCUCGACGAUGCGAGUGAAGGUCGGCGUGCUCACCGACGCCAGUGAGAAGCAAGCCCAACGACGAGCUAAUCGCAACUUCGUGGCUACAGUCGUCAAAGGACCGGCAGAUGAGUGCAUAUUUAACACGUAGUUGACAGUCAUUAAGCACGUGGACAAUAAGAGUCGGCUAACUAAUAAGAGUUGAUUUAAAGGUUCAUGGAAAGGAUGUCUGAUUUGAACUAAUGUGUUAAUGGCUAUGCAUUUAUCCAGUCAACUUUGAAUUUAAGCUUGGUAUUAAGUGCAUGUAAGUUUAAGGUUUAAAGCUAAAGGAUAUAAUUUAAAUGCUUGGAAGUUAAAGGUGAAUUAUUUCAUUUUCACAAUUUAAAGUGUAUUUUGGUAAUGUAAAGUGAAAGCUAUUUGCAAUUUUGAUAUUUGAAUUUUCUGAACGGUUCUAAGAGAACUAAGGUUUAUUUAAACAACUUUUUCAGUUUGUAAGUACAUUUUUGAGCUACUUAAGCAUAUUGCUUGUGAUAAGUACAGCAUAUUGUAAUUUUGGUUUGAGUACAUUGCCAAGUAUAGUGUGUGACAUUUAAACACAAGGACAUUUAAGAGACAUUUACACGCAACACAAGAGUUUUAGUGAAUACAGACUUUAUUUACGUUUUUCAUUAUUGAAAUAGACAUUUCUUGCCAGUUUAAGUUUAACAUUCAAUUAUGGCAGAGUUAAGUGAGUCCACUACUCAGGUAAGAGAUAGUGUUAGGGAAAGUGAAAAUCUACAAGGCCCUCCAGAAGAUGAAGUCGGUGAUGCUGAGCCUCAGCUGGACGAAGCACAGCAGCUCAGACGUGGUGAGCGAACCCGUACUCUAACAGAGAAGGGUAAAGCAAUGCAAGACGAGAAAAUUAAAGCACUUCUGCAUAGAUUUGACUACAUCUACAGAAAAUGGAGAACACAUGUUAAAUUCUGCAAGCAGUCAUUAUCUCAGUCAUCUGAGUCUUUAUCAGAAGGCAUGCUUAAUGAUAUCCUUGGAGAUGUUAGAGGCCUUUCCGCAGACGUUCAGCAUGUUUAUGAAGAAUUGCGGCAAGUCUCAACUCCAGACCAAGAUGUGCGGCGAAGAGUAGACCUGUGUGUUGAGGUUUCAGGCUUCAUCGUUGCUAUAGCCUCUAGCCACCUGGAUGGAAAAGUUCCAGAAGGAGACCCAGAAUGGCCAGAAGCAGGCUCUCUUUGGGACGCAAGCAAGAGUGAAUUUGGUUCAGUUACCUCUAUUCUGAAGAAUGCCUCAGAGCAAACAAGAACAUCUUCCAUCAAGCAUCAAGAAGCUGCUGCGGACGCUGCAGCAAGCCAAGCUGUUCUGAAAGUGUUACAAGAACAAGAAAGAGAGCAGUCGGAACUACAGCGUCUAGAAGCGGAAGCUAAGAGGAAGAUAGCGGCUGAAGAGGCAGCGGUUAUAAGGCGUCGCUUAGAGAGAGAAGAAGAGGAAGCAAAGAUUAAAGCUCAACUAGAGGAAGAACACACAGCUCUACAGAUGACUUUAGAGGAAAAAAGAAGAAAAAUAAAGAAUUUGGAAACGGUGAAGGAGCUUAGUGCAGCACAGGCAAGAAUGCAGGUGUAUAAUCAGGGGUUGGACAUUAAAGAAGAACCGAAAGACAUUCUAAGCCAUGAGAUGGUAGCAGACAUCAAGCCGCCAUGUCCUUCAAGCCGUCUGCCUCUGUCUGCACCUUCUGCCCCACAACCUGUGAUCACCUCCUCGAAUCAAAGCACAGCAGAGCUCAUUAAGGUACUCGCUGAUGCUCUAAGUGCCAACAGAAUUCCAGUUCCUGAACCUUCAAUAUUCAGCGGGGAUCCGUUGAAGUACAGUGAUUGGAAACUGUCGUUUCAAACUUUGAUUGACCAGAAGAAUAUUCAAGACAGAGAGAAGAUAUAUUAUCUCCGUAAAUAUGUUAGCGGUCAAGCUAAGAAUGCAGUGGAUGGCUAUUUCCUUCUUGGAACAGAGUCUGCUUAUGCUGCAGCAUGGGAGAUUUUGGAAGAGAGGUAUGGAAACCCAUUCACCGUUGCGAAGGCAUAUAGAGACAAACUUCAAACAUGGGCCAAGAUUGGACCUAAAGAUAGCUCUGGACUUCAAGAGUUUGUUGAUUUUCUGCGUAGCUGCGAAGCAGCUAUGGUCCAUAUCAAGGCACUGGAGAUUUUGAAUGACUGUAAUGAGAACAGACAGCUUCUCGCAAAGCUUCCAGAUUGGCUAACCGCAAGAUGGAACCGGAAAGUCAUGGAAAUGGAAGAACAGAGUGGCCAGUUCCCUUCCUUCAGUCAGUUUGUGAGAUUUCUGACCAGAGAAGUGAAAAUUGCUUGUAACCCAGUUACAUCGUUGCAAUCACUGAAGCAAGGUGAAACUGAAAAGCCAAAGCAGCAAAAACAACAAAAUGUUAAAGCUAAGACACUGACCACCAGUUCUAAUGAAGAGACUGCUAAAACAUGCCUCUUUUGUAAAAAGAACGGCCAUACUUUACAUGUAUGCAGAAAGUUUGCAGAAAGGGAAGUGCCUGACAGAGUCAAGUUUGUUCAGGCUGAAAAGCUAUGCUUUGGGUGCCUUAAGCCAGGUCAUGUCUCAAAGAGCUGCAACAGUAGGAGUGUUUGUGACACAUGCAAAAAGAAGCAUCCUACCUGCCUGCAUCAAGAGAGAGACAAAGAAGAGCAAAAGGCAUCGCAAGUUAAACAAGGCCAAGCUUCAGAGAAAUCAAGUAAUCAAAACGAAAAGAACAAAGCAAAGCCUCAAGCAGUGCAACCUAAAGAAACAGCCACAGCUUCUACUACUCUGAGAGUUAUUCAGGAUGAAGCUACUGUGCAGACAGCGGCAAUAAUUCCUGUCUGGCUUUCGUCUUCCACUCAGUCAGCACAAGAGGUGCUUGUCUAUGCACUCUUAGAUUCCCAAAGUGACACUACUUUUGUGCUAAGUGAAGUAGCUGACGCUCUGGAGGCGGACAAAGAGGAAGUCAAGUUGAAGCUCUCUACUAUGACUUCAAGAACUACAGUUGUAAAGUCACAACGAGUGAAGAACCUACAAGUUCGAGGCUUUUAUUCAAGCAAAAGAAUCAGCUUACCACCAAUCUACACGCGUGACUUUAUUCCAGUCAACAAAACUCACAUACCAACGGGCGAAACUGCAAAGGCUUGGUCUCACUUAGAGCACCUCCAAGAUGAUGUAGCACCUCUGCAGGAUUGUGAGGUAGGCCUGCUCAUCGGCUACAACUGCUCGCAAGCCCUUCUCCCAAGAGAAAUCGUGUCGGGCCAAGAGAAUCAGCCUUAUGCACAACGUACUGACCUGGGAUGGAGUAUUGUCGGCCAUGGCAAUCCCUGUUUAGCAUAUGGAGACGCUAUCGGAAUCAGUCAUCGCAUAGUAGUCAGGCAAGUGACGCCAAGAGUUGACUCUACUGUCAAUCUGAAAACAGAGGUUCAUUAUGUGAACAGAUCCAAAGUCAAGGAAGUGACUUCUUCAGACAUCUUGAAGAUUCUUGAAUUAGACUUCUCAGAAAGAGCUAGAGAAGAGGAUCCUGUGUCUCAAGAUGAUCUCAAGUUCCUGUCCAAGAUGAGAGAAAACAUAACUCAGAAAGACAAUGGUCACUUUGAGAUGCCAUUGCCGUUUAAAGAGGAUAGACCAGUGUUGCCUAACAACAGAAUAUGUGCAGUGCAUCGUUUAAACUGUCUUGAAAGGAAGCUAAAGAAGAAUAAAACUUACUACAAAGACUAUGUGAACUUCAUGAGCGACAUAAUUUCCCGCGGUGACGCCGAGAAGGUCCCCAAGGAAGAAAUUGAGAACAGCCCGGCAUGGUAUAUUCCACACCAUGGAGUAUAUCAUCCGCAGAAACCGGGGAAAAUACGUGUGGUAUUUGACUGUUCGGCCAAGUUUCAGGAAACAUCUCUCAAUGACCAUCUGCUCACUGGACCUGACCUGACGAAUACCCUGGUGGGUGUCCUGUGCAGAUUUCGAAAGGGCUCAGUUGCAGUGAUGUGCGACAUCGAAAGAAUGUUUCACCAGUUUCAUGUGAAAACUGAAGACCAAGAUUACUUACGGUUCUUAUGGUGGGAGAAUGGUAACUUGGAAGACACGCCAUCCACCUACAGAAUGAAAGUCCACUUGUUUGGAGCGGCUUCGUCCCCUGGCUGCGCCAACUUUGGCCUAAAACACCUGGCAGCUCAAGGGCAAGGUCAGUUUGGCAAAGACACUGUGCGCUUCAUACAGAGGAAUUUCUACGUAGAUGAUGGGCUCCUGAGUGUUCCUACUGAGAAGGAAGCCAUUCAGCUCGUCAAAGAGUCAAGAGAACUUUGUUCUACCGGCAAGUUAAGACUUCACAAGUUUGUUUCCAACAAUGAGAAUGUCAUGGCAUCCAUUCCAGAAGAGGAACGUGCCACAAGCAAAGAUCAAGACAUGGCUUUGAGUUUACCUCACAUGGAGAGAGCGCUUGGAGUAGAGUGGUGCGUCUCGUCUGACUCAUUCAGAUUCAGAGUUCAAGUCAAGUCCAAUCCAUCGACAAGAAGAGGUGUACUCUCUACCGUAGCCUCAGUCUAUGAUCCGCUAGGAUUCAUGGCACCGUUCGUUCUCCAUGGAAAGCAAAUUCUCCAGCAGAUGUGCAGAGAUAAGAUCGGCUGGGACGAUGAGCUUCCAGAGAGCUUAAGACCUCAGUGGGAGUCUUGGAUUAGAGACCUACCUAAUCUAUCUGAAAUGGAAGUUAGAAGAUGUUACCUACCUUCAGGGUUCGGCGACAUCAAAGGCUAUGAACUUCACCACUUCUGUGAUGCAAGUACCUCAGGGUAUGGUGUUUGUACUUACCUGCGCGUUGUCAAUGAAUCCAAUGAAGUCCAUUGCAGUUUAGUGAUGGGAAAGUCAAGAGUUUCACCAACCAAAGUGUUGACGAUACCAAGACUGGAACUGUCUGCGGCAGUAGUUGCAGUUAGAGCCAGCGAUAUGCUCCGAAACGAACUGGAAAUCCAAGACCUGAAGGAAUACUUCUGGACGGAUUCAACAGUCGUUCUAGGCUACAUAAACAAUGACGCCAGAAGAUUUCAAGUGUUCGUAGCCAAUCGCAUACAAAGAAUCAAGUCAAGCACAAAGCCUGAACAAUGGGCCUAUGUUGCAUCUGAGGACAAUCCGGCAGAUCAUGCCUCACGAGGGUUGACUGCAGAGCAACUAGAGACAUCCAAUUGGUUUUCUGGACCGAAGUUUCUUUGGCAAAAAGAAUUACCUGUCCGAGAAUGCAAGGUGGGAGAAGUUAAGGAAGAUGAUCCUGAGCUCCGUAAGGCUGUUGUGUUUAACACGAAGGCAAAGGACAGAUCGUUGCUCGACCGUCUUGAGAAGUUCUCUGUUUGGUUAAGGGUAGUUCAAGCAGUUGCCAGAUUGAAACGACGUGUCAAGGAACACAAAGGUGAGAAACGACCAACCAAUGAGAGUACAAGUCUAGAAGAAAGGAAAGAAGCAGAAACUGUGAUCAUUAAGCUAGUUCAAGAGGAAGCGUUCCUAGAUGAGUUGAAGAGCUUGAAAGCAAAGGGAGUUAUAGCUAAGACCAAGUACAGCAAGCUGAACAAGUUAAGUCCAGUUUUGGAUGAAGAAGGAGUCUUGAGAGUCGGAGGACGCUUAAGUAAAGCUGCGUUGCAUCCACACAUCAAGCAUCCAGCUAUACUUCCGAAGAACUGUCAUAUAUCAGCUCUACUGAUCAAGCACUUCCAUGAGAGAGUUCAUCAUCAGGGACGUGGAAUGACGUUGAACGAACUGCGAGCUAACGGAUGGUGGAUCCUGGGAAGUAGCAGCGCAGUAUCGUCACACAUCUUCAAAUGUGUCAAAUGUCGAAAGUACAGGAGAUACACCGAAGAACAAAGAAUGGGUGACUUACCUCAAGAUCGAAUGGAAACAACUCCUCCGUUCACCUACACAGGCAUAGACUGUUUCGGACCCAUCUAUGUCAAAGAAGGAAGAAAAGAGGUUAAAAGAUAUGGACUUUUACUUACCUGUCUAUGUUCAAGAGCCAUACAUGUGGAAAUGCUUGACGACAUGACCACGGACGCGUUCAUCAAUGCGCUAAGAGUGUUCAUUGCUAUAAGAGGAAAUGUUCGUCAGCUUCGAAGUGAUCAAGGAACCAACUUCGUUGGCGCAAGAAGGGAGUUCGCAGAGCUCAUGAAAGGAAUGGACGGAGAGAGAGUCAAGGCUCUAGGAUGUGAAUUUCUAAUGAAUCCCCCAGCAGCAAGUCAUAUGGGCGGCGUCUGGGAGAGGCAAAUCAGGACCAUCAGGAGUGUUCUGACAGCCAUUCUCGACAAGUCAGCGCAAAGAUUGGACAGCUCAUCUCUGAGAACUUUCCUAUACGAGGUGAUGGCAAUCGUCAAUAGCCGACCACUUACCGCUGAACAUUUGAAUGAUCCAUCCGCACCUGAACCAUUGACUCCGAACCACAUUCUCACGAUGAAGUCCACCAUAAUCCUUCCUCCGCCUGGACAGUUUGUCAAGGAAGACCUGUAUCUUCAAAAGCGGUGGCGCAGAGUUCAGUACUUGGCCAAUGAAUUUUGGAUUCGCUGGAAAAAAGAGUAUCUGCUGAGUUUGCAGCCAAGACAAAAGUGGCAGAAGAACAGAAGAAACCUGAAGGCAAAUGACAUUGUGCUUCUGCAGGAUGAUCAGGCGCCACGGAACGAAUGGAAGUUGGCCAGAAUAGCAGAAGUCUAUCCAGGGUCAGAUGAUAGAGUGAGAAAGGUCAGGUUGCUAGUUAGUGACACCACAUUUGAUGCAAAGGGUAAACCCACAACCAAAACAGUGUAUCUUGAUAGGCCUAUACACAAGCUUGUCACACUGAUUGAAGCAGAUUGAUGCUUAAUGUUUUCAUCAUUCCUUGUUGAGUGGUAAAGUUCUUUCAAUGUUUAAGAGUUGAUUCGCAACAGUCUUUAAGUGUAGAGAAAUCCCACAUUUAAGAUUGGUGAGAUUUGGUGGGAGUGUAACUGUUGCUAUUUUAUUUUCCAUAUUGCAGAAUAUUUUUUGUUUAUUUUGUAUGAGAAACCCACUUUGAGAAUUACCAGGUUAUUUCUGUAUUUUAUUUGCAUUUUAUAUUGAAGUGUAAGGGUACUUUUAUUUUGACACUUACGUUGAGCUGCUAGGCCAGUAGCGUUCUGGGUAACGUCAGAUGCAAGCAAGCAGAGGUCGUGUGCACAGCUCUGACCCUUUAGCUGUCAAGUCAAGCUACGUUAAGAUUGCUAAAACUUACGGUAAAGUCAAACUAAUACUUCAAAGCUGGAAGAUAAGAAGCCUACAGAUUCCCUUUCAUAGUAUGCAGCCAACGAGGUAUUUGUUUGUCUUUAUUUUCGUUAUGAAUAUUUGUACAUGUGCAUAGUAAGUGUGCUAACUGUUAUUCCAAUACUGUGUAUUGCUAGUUUCACGGUUUGUGGAGGUCUGUGGAUGAUUAUGAAGAGGAGAAGACUUCAUUAAACCCGUUAAAGAAACAUUUGCGUCUGGACAUGCUUGGGGGGAGUCACAGAUGGUAUAUUAGAACAUUGUGAUUGGAGCAUUUUUCUUUCCUUGUACCUCCUGUACAGGUUUUGGGCCCAUCAGCCUGCAGAAACAGACAGCAUGGAGCUGUGUGGUCGACUCACCCCAGGAGACAACUACAGGUCAGGAUGGUUCACCUCAAGAUGUUCCAACCAGCUGAAAAGGAUCUGUGAGAGGAGACAGGCCAGUCUACAGUGAGGGGACAGGACCAGAGACAAGAGUGGAUUGAGAAAAUCGAAUGGAAAGAAGCUAAUCUAACAUGAGCUCACAUGCAUCGAUUUAAAUGUAAUAGUUGUUUUUAAUACAGACAAUAAAUAACACUGUUUUUCUUUGGUUUCUUUUCUUUUUUCAUUUGGCUUAUUAAUGUUGUCAUAGUUGCUGUUGAUGUCAAAUCCAUCUGCUAAUCCACAUUAAAACUUAUUUGACUUUGACUUGAUACUAUAACAGUUGGAGUAACAACACUAUUAUUUUAAAAUAUAUGGUGCAGUGGUAUCUUACAAAAGAAUCUUGGUAAUCAUUUAAGAAAAAUGCGUAUUAUAAAACAUAAAAGAUCCAUAAAAUGAGUUUGAACUCGGUCCAAUUGCUUGUUUUCGCUUAAUUUACAUUCAUUUACUUAAUAUACAGGGUUUGCAUUGUGUAGUUGUACUUCCAUGUUUUGUCCAGCAGAUGGCGGCGCUGUAACUCCAAACAUUCUCCAGCCCUGAGGCGUUUAAGCCUUUUUCCCGACAUGCACCACGAGUGAGCGGCGGCGGCCCUUCAGAGCAAAGACGCUGAGGAUUCAGAUUAUAGAGGAAUUUCUCUGUGGAAGGUAAACUGAUUUAAUGGUGAAUUUUCCUUUUCCUAAAUAAAGUGUUAAGAAUUAUUUAAAUGUGUCUGUCGGUAAUUUUCCCCUUUUUGCUCAGAGAAGCCGUUAAAAUGUAAAAAGCCUCCAUUAAAUCAUCAGUGAAGGUCUUUCGCACCUGACCAGGCUUAACGUUAACAUGUUUAUCUCUUCAGAUUAACGUCAAACCCUGGUUUAAAAUGUAACCAGAUGAAUUUAGAUUAACGUUAACAUGUCUUUUUCUAAUUAACAAUCACUGUCAAUAAACAGAGUCCUUGUUUUUUGUUAGCUAAACCUGCUUCACAGCGUCCAUUUAAGUGUAGAUAUAUGUGUUACCGAACUCCAUUUGAAAAAGUGGUGUUUUUUUAUAUAACCUGUGUUUUUAUCACACAUACCUCUCACACAGCUCAAUUUAUGGUUUAUUUAUAUUUAGUGGAGUCUUUUAGCAAAUUCGGCUCCAAUCUCUUUUUCCAAGACUACUCCUAACUUAAGAAAUUAUGAGGUUUAUCAAGUGAUACUCUUUUAUCUGUCAUCUCUUAUCUCUGUCUGUCUUUUUAGGUUUUGUUAUACUUGUACGUUUUUCUUAAUUAACCUUUUUUUAUCUCCUGCUCAUUUCUGUUGCUUUAUUUUAUCAUUACUAUUAUAAUCAGUAUUACCUGUUAUUAUUUUACUACCACUGUUGAUAUUGCCUUUUAUAUUUACUAUCCUGCUCCCACUUUAGACCCCCAUUUUCUUUUUUCUUAACUAUUUUAUGUUUUUAUUCAAUUUUAAUAUUGCAUGGUUCUUGUAUUGUCUGAGUUCCUUAUGACAUGAAAAUGGCCUUCAAUUCUGUAUUUACUGAGCUUUUUGUUUUUAUUUGUCUUUUUCCAUGUUCUCUAUGACUACACGUCAAAGCACUUUGUUAACUUCUGUUUUUAAAAGUGCUAUACAAAUAAAGCUAAGUUUCUGUUCGUUGCUCCUCAUCACUGUAUUCAGGAUGUUACCUCCUGUCUCGAUUUGAUCUCAGUGUUGCUCAUACUCUGUUGGUUUUCUGCAGGUUUUAUCCAGCAUCUGAAGAUGUCUGACACAAUCGAGGAGAAGAUCAAGAGCUACAGAACAGCUCCGUUUGACGCACGCUUUCCCAACACCAACCAGACACGCAACUGUUUCCAGAACUAUCUGGGUAAGCAUCAGAACCACAUUAAAACAGCUGGUGAUAUAUUUGCAUACAUCAUAUACCUGCUUUCAAACAUAUAUAUUUACUUUAUAGCUGUCUUUAUUGUAGAUGAAGAGAGAAAAAAAUGUUGGGGUUUCUAAAUUAUCUUUGUUCGGCUUUUUAAAGAAUUAAGUUUGUGUUGUGAUUUGUUUGAAGAUCUGAGAGUGACUGCAUUUUGAAAUGAUUCCUUGCAUUAGCAGUGUUUUGUUUUUUUGAACCCCCUCCUCAUUAAUGGCUUUAUUAGUAAGUAGAGAGUAAAUGGAGUCAGAAACGGAGAAGAGAGAGUGGGGGAUGAUACUCAGCAAAAGGCCAAGGGUAGGAGUCAAACCGAGGGUGAGAGCCUGGGGGAUGGAAGCCUCUGAGCUAAACCAGUGCAGUGAAAUUAGAGUUUUUAAAACUACAACAUACUGAUGGUCCUCUGAUAAACCGCAGUAUUAGAGAUUACUGACUUUCGUCACUCUGUGUGUUUUCUGCAGAUUUCCACAGAUGUAGCAAAGCUCUGUCUGCCAAAGAUCAGGACACGGCUCCCUGUGAGUGGUACCAGAGGGUCUACAAGAGCCUCUGCCCCAUCAGCUGGGUAAGAUACAGUUCAACAAACUUCCAUCAAAUGGUCGAUACAAAAAUAUUGAUGAACGCUGCGCCAGUUAAAGUUGUGAAAUAUUCUCAAGUUCCCAAAUCUCAUUUCUAAAAAUCAUUUAACAACAAUUCUGAUCAACCAUGAUUUAAAAAGUUACUUUUCUCAUUUUUUAACUCCAUAUGUCUCUUAAAACAUAAUCAUGAGUUUCAUAUAUUUCAGUUUCUAAAAUUGCACUUCAUUAGGUUGAAUUUCUCAAUGUCUCUUGUUCUCUCUUGCAGGUGCAGAAAUGGGACGAGCAGGUAGAGGCGGGAAGUUUCCCUGGAAAGAUCUGAACUGGCACACUUCCUCUCCAUCCCUCUCCACUUUUCCUCAUUUACUUAACUUAAUGUGAAGCAUCUGCUCAUCGUGUACAGAGGCAACUUAAUAAUAAAUUAAACAAUCUUACUGUGAACCUUAUAAACACGUGCAGAAAUCCUUCUUGAUAUUGAUCUCAACUGUUGCGAAAACUUCUUUGGAUGUGAUGUUUGGCUUUUAUGUGUAAAGACCAACUUUCUGAUAAUCUUAGACUGCAUAGAAAAAACUAUAACAAGUACAGAUCUUUUUAAUUAAAUCUUAAUGUAAUUGACUUAAAAAAUAUAUAAAAAUAACUUCAAGAUAUCAACUUCAAGACAUGCCAAAAACUAUACCUCAAACUAGGCCUGGGCGAUAUGGUGAAAAAAGUUUAUCACAAUAUAUAUUUUUUUCAUAUCAGUCGAUAUCAAUAUAUAUCACAAUAUAAAAAAAUUACUUGUCAAUCUUAAAUGUUCCGUUACUCUUACAUUAAAUUUAACAGUGUUUAUUGGGAGCAUGUCUUUUUCAAUAAUCUACUGCAUCUGUGAGGUCUUUGUGUCUCUUCAACGUUUAAGGGUCAAACACACCGUAACACCGAGUUGGACACCCCCGAGAGAUGAAUGUUGCCGACCGCUUGCUUCUCUAGUUAUACCAACUUUAGCAACGACUGCAGGAUAGCAAUACACAGCAGUCUGAGGAGUUAUAAACAAACCUCAACCAAAACGCCACUCUAUAGCCACAAAUAAUGCUCAGAGCAGCACCUAACUUCAUCAACAGGACAUAUAGGGUCCUAGCCAUCAAACAUCUUUUUAACUUUGUCUAAUUUCUUUAGCAAAAAGACAAACAGCAGCCGCUUGUUUGUCGCGAGACCUCGGGCCAGUCCAUUAUGGACUACAGCGGGGUGACACAGCUCAAGGAAGAACAUUUAUGAUCAUUUCUUCAUGGAAAUACAAUCAGACUGAGACGCUAAGGCAGAGGAACUACCGCGUCGGCAGUGCAAAAUGAUCAUUAUGGUGAUGAUUACUUCAAGGAAAUGAUAAAGUAAUAACCAUAAAUGUAUGCUUGACCGUAAAUUAAUUUUACGUCGGAAUAUCCCUUUAACUCAUCAAAUAUUCACAUUAUAUGAUAAAUAUGAUGGUCAAUAUGUAGAAUGAUGGCUCUUUUUAAGCAUGUUGGAGACAAGAUAAGCUGCUUUGUCACAGGGUGUGCCAAGAUGACACAAACUCUAAACUUUUUUCAUCCUCUUAACUUAGUUUAUCUUUUUACACAAGCCCAAACAAGUCAGCUGACUAUGAGUCACAAGCAAAUCACAAGACUGGAGGAUCUGCAGUGUGGACAUUAACUUGAUACCUGAUCUUUCCUGUUUUUUGUCUCCACAUUUUUGGAGAUAUUUUUGUGUUUUUUUUUGCCUUAAACCUCCUCUCUGUGUGAAAAUUCAGGGGGGGAGAAAAAAAAACAGCUUUUGCAAACUUCUCAUUCUUGCUGUGAGCAUCAUUCGAGCUGCGCCUCGUGACCCGUUGCCUCAGUAACGUUGCAUCAGCAUCCGCAGCAUCAGCAUCAUCAACAGCUGCUGUCAAGGUCGCCGGCGUGGUGCAUCAUGGGAGAAUGAGGAGGACACCGGAGCGAGUCGAGAGCAUUCCCACACGACCCUUUUGGUUCCCCCAUCCCCUUUUUCCCUCCCACCACGCGCAUGCGCACACUAUUUCGUCAAGUGGGCUGACCAACUCACCGAAAAUCGACCAUAAUAGGACAAUGGAGGAGCGGCGCUCGGCUCACGAGAUGCGGCGAUGAUGAUGCACAGGAGUCACGCAUUUCGGCACGUAGAAGAUAAGGGGCGGGGCCACGACACGGCACCCCGGCGUCACGGUUUUUCAUAGGUUGAUGGAGGAGACGGGAAAGAGAUAAUAAACACGGCUGCGUGCGGGUACGUGCGGUUUUCCACGCACCUCUUUGGUGAAAUAGAGGAGAAACGAAGGAGGGAGGCAGCGGUAAAGCUCACAGGGGGGUCUCACUGUGGAAGGACAGGUGAGUGAACGCUUUCUGCCCGGGGUUUCGGCUCCUUUAACCCGGAUCUGAUUAUUAUUCAUAUUUCUGGGUGUGUGAAUAUCCUCCAUCUCACUCCGACAUCCUCAAAACUCUCCAUCUUUAUUUCUCUUCGCUUCUUUGCCUCUAAUGUGAUCUUUAUAAUUCGUUUAAUCGAUUAUGAAUGAUCGGUUUCCUGAUGUGAAGUAGCAGAAAAUCGGUCGUGUCCUUCCUGGCAGAGCCGGCUGGUACCACGGACAGCGCCUGACUGAGGUGUGUUCCUUUUCCUGCAGCUCUCAGCACCGGCGGGCGGGUCCUGCAAAGCUUCUGCAACCACCACCACCACCACCACCUGAAGAUCUCCUCUCGAAACCUUCCAGAAAGUUCAUCCGGUUACAUUUGAGAAGAUGGCUGAAGCAGAGGUGAGCGGUUUUCUGUGUGUUUGUGGAAAGGCACGUGUAGGGAGAGUAAAGUCAGACUGAAUGUGGGCGGUGUGAGGAUGGAUUUGUGCAAUAAUAACUCUGUGAGUCAGACAUGAGCACUGCAGAUGUGUGCAUGAGAGAAACAUUGUGUACUAUGGAUGUUUGGGAGGGUUUGGAGGAUGCAUGAUCGAUGUUUGACCCGGAGAGUGAUGGGAUUGGUUCAUUGGAUUGAUCUAAAGGACUGGUUUGAAUAUGAACACCCAUGAUUGUCUGUGUCUUUACUUAGAGAGACAGAAAGUAAGAAUAAAACAGUCAUUCAACCUGUUUUAGUUUGUGUUUUAAAUCAGUACAAGCUGUGUGAUUGAGGAACAUUUUAAGAUACUCGGACAUGGACUCUUAUCUUUCCUCAUGAAUGCAUCUUUUUAAAUGCUUCCGGUCGGUUUUCCUCAGAUGCAUUAGAGGGAAAUAAAUGCCGUGUACUAGAGUGAACCGCAGCUAUAAAACUCUCCUGACGCUGUUGCUUCUGUCUGCACGUACACGCAUAGGCGACAGGGGAUUCAACAUGUUCCUGUGGGGAUUUGUCGACAGGAACUCUGGGAAAUGAUGCAAAUCAAAUUAGAAGGAGACACACAUGAUGAGUGGGAAUCUAUUUAGAAAAGUCAUUUAUUGGCACCGUUGGCUGUUUUUUUUUUCUGUGUCUGUGUCCAGGUUUGUUUGGCUGGCUCAGGAUCUGGCCUUUGGUGAUGUCUGGCAUUGAUUUUUAGUCCGUAAAGUGAGAUUGAAGAGAUGUAGACAGGUCAAAGUAUUUAUUUACCAAAUUUUGUGGGUUAAGUUGUUUAAAGAUGUUUGCUGGAGGCUCCAUUUUAAAAAGACAUAGAGAGACAGAAUGAAACAACAUAUUAAAGUAGAAGUAGUAUAAAUAAAAAUCAUGAAGGGUUAAAAAAACUAUAAAUAUUAAAGGUCCAGUCCGUAGAAUUAAAAAUGGGUCAAAUUCAAGACUGUAAUUCUCUCUUGUUCCCCCUCUCAUAAGCGAAGCAAUGGUGGCCUUUGAGGACAAAAAGCUCCUGUGUAUGAUCCUCCAUUAUAUAUAUAUAUUUUUUAAAGAUAUAACAAUUUAAAAGUUUUGAUUAAUUAAAAACAGAAUAGCUGAACUUUAGUGAGUAUACAUGAUGGUUUAAGCCAGUAACCCGCUGAGCAUUUUUUGGUCUAAAAGAGGUUUAAUAGAUGUCUAAAUGUAGUCUAGCCGAAUAAACUAAAAUCAGGCUACCACUGGUUUAAAUUUAGACCGAGUCUAAAUCUGGGCUAUAUCUAUACUACACUGUAUAUUGCUCAACGGCUAUCAUAAUUAUUUUGGUUAAGUACUCGGAGAUCCACUUAAUAGUUGUAGUGUAGUCGUUUAUUCAGUCAUGACAACAUUAAAUAUUGUACACAAUAUUGAUAUUUCACACUGAAUCACUAAAUCAAGAAUCACAUGUUGAAUACUGACUAAAAAGGCAGAAGCAGACUGAUUAUAAAAGCCGAUCCUGUAUUGUCAACUUUUUAGGCUACCGUACCAACCUUCAGAAAAGCAAUUCUGUCUAAAAACAUACAGAAUCUAGACAGUUUAGGUCUAAAAAAAACUAGAUGUCUAAUAGCCGUCUAAUGCUCAGUGGGAAUAUAUUUUAGAUGAACUUUUAAUGAAUUGAUAGAAAGACACAAAUACUGGGUUAGAUGUAGAUUGGUAAACAUGGCUAAUAUUGCAGUCAUCGAUCGAUAUUACAACACAAUAGAAUAUUAAAACACUAGUUAGAGACUGUCAGGUUUAGAGGAGGACCACUGAUUGUUUUGUUUGUGUGAGUUGAACAGGUGAAAAUUGAGAAUGAGAUCAGUUUUCUCUUUGGGAUGUACUUUUCAGUAAAAUACCCUCCGCUAAUGCUCGAUUCUUCAGGUUGGAUGACCCUGGAAAUCUUAAGUUGUGCUGUAGGAGGAUCUUUUUAUGGCAGAUUUAGAGUGCGGGGCUUCAGGGGAGAAAAGCAGAACACAGUGUCCAGACUGAGCUGUAGGAACAUGAAACUGUGUCAGGGCUUAAAAUGAAUCUUUGGACCGCUGCAACACUUUGGACCAUUAAAUAAUGACAGAUGCAAUCAUUUUUGACAAUUUACUUAUUUUUGGUUCAUAGUUGUAGUUUAGUUUCUCAAAUGUGUGUCGUGUUCUGGGUGGGUAUUAUCCGAAAGCCCACCCUGUAACCAUUUUAUCCUUCGUGCCACAUAUUGACCCUCUCAUCGAUAACAAACCCGACACCCUCACGCUAAAAGCUCACUCAAAACAGCUCAAUACUUUUCUCCUCCCCUUUGUUUUACUCUGAAGUUUUGAUUGGCUCUUGGAUGAGGAACUGUGUUUUCUGGCUCAGGCUGGAUGUGGGUCACUGUGUUUGUGUGUGUUUGUAUGUUUGUGUAUGUGUGUGUCCACGACCACAUGAAUCAUUGCAGGACCCCAGCAGCAGCAGCAGCAGCAUUACUUUAGAUAAUAAGACCCUGCCUGCCUGCUGCAUGUGUGCGUGUGCUCAGGUCCUGUGCUUACUUUCAGCCACUGUCAAUAAAGCUGUCACCUGCAGGCUGUUGCCAUGGAGAUGGAAAGAGGAGGAGGCGUGGCGAGGGAGCAAUGAAGACACUCUGGGUUAGAUGGAGGGAAAGAGGCAGAGCGACAGCGAGAUUGUGUUGUUUAAGAAGUGGUCUUGUGAUCCACGCUCCCACACACCGAGUGUCUUUUUAACACCUGAAGUCGUUUGACUCAUUUCUUAUUCAAGCGCGUGCAAACAGAAAACAAAUCCUCUUUAUUUUUUCCAAUCUGGGUGUUAAAGAUUAAAGGCUGAAUGCAAACAAUCAGGCUGGAUUUGUGCUUCGGGAAAAAUGUGAUCACAAUCGGCCAUCGUGACACUGGUUGCCAUAGUGACGGGGCAUCUGUUCCUGCAAAGUGUUGGUUGUGCAACAGGCUGCUGUAGCGAAAGAGGUUUGCCCGGAGCUGAAUGAAACGUCUUAUGAAACAUGGAUGUAUGUCGUGUGUUUGCUCAAAGAGGGAUCAAACUGGAAGAUGAUGAUUUAAAGAUAAAAAAGGAAGCAAGAUUCACAAGAUUAUAAAGGAUCUGUGUGAGAAUUUAUCAACAUAAAACGAGAUUAUUUCAUAUUAUUCUCUGGAGAUUCAGUUUCAGUUAUUUAUGAAACUUACUAAAAUAUGUGAGAGAUAAUGUUUAGUGAACUGGUGGUUAUGUGAACAAGAAUCCUGGACAGGGUGAGGCAUGAAUUAACAUCAGUACUGCCACCUCUAUAAAUCUGGGAGAUUGAUCUACACGAUGUUAUUGAUUUGUGUUUGAGACAUUUGGGUGCAGUCAUGUGAUCGCCUAAAUUCUACCGAGUCACGGUGACUUGACAAAAAGCAGAGACGGACACGAGCAACGAGGGAGACAGAGAGAGGAGAGGAAGGUGAACUUUAGGGGGAGUGUAGCAGAGAGAGAAAGAGACAGAGAGAAAGAGAGAGAGAGAGUGUUUGUGUGUGUUGUACUUCACUCUGGAUUUGUUUAUGCUGUCUGCACUAAUUAGCUAAAGUGGUGGGGUCUUUUUUUUUCAGACGGAUGAUAAAAGAUGAGUCCAAACUUUGCUUGUUGAUGUUAAAACCUGCAAAACUGCCUCUGAUAUUGUCGCUUGAGAUUAAUUGUGUCCAAAUAUGUUUAAAAAAAAAAAAAAAAAAAACACUUUUGCAGAUGUCGAAUUUUUCAACCCCAAUAUCUAAGGUUUUAUGUAAAAUUUCUGUUUGCAUUUUGAUCAUGAAUUUUAUGAACUCAUCCUACCUGUUAAAGGUGCAAUCUGCUGAUGUUAAUCCUUUUUUUUAGCCUAGCAAUCUCAGUAAACUAUUUCUAUCUCUUCUCUAUCAAAAAAGUUCAAAAUCUCCCUAAACUGGUGUUGACUUUUUGCUGUGUUGACGUCAUUUAGAGCCUGAAUCUGCUCAGAGGACAUCAGCUCACAGUACUCCUUCUUCUUCUGACUGAAACUCACAUCUAUUUAUCUUAAUACUAAAAUAUCAAAGAUUACAAAGGUCAGACCAGGAAAACGGAUUCUUGUCAGUUUGAAGCAGACGCUCAUGGUUUUGAAGAGGUCAGUGUGACAGUUGUGAAAGUGUUUUUUUCUCACCAUUCCUCCUCUGCUCUGCUAAAGAAGCUGAAUUUGCCAUCAUAUGUCAGUCAGAACUCUAUGCCCCUCAUCUGUAGAGUCAAAUGAUGAAGUAUUAGGACUGCAUUCAAGAUUAGUUUCAAGAUUCUUUCAAGAUUUAAGUCAUUUUCUCAUGAAAAUAAAGUCAUAAAAGUCGUAAUAUUGUGUUUACAUCAAAAUCACAUCAUUAAAAAUAAAUAAAGUUUUAAUAUUAUGAGACUAAAGUCGUAGUUAAGUUGUAUGUUUUGGUUUACGGUGAACAGUUAGCUGUCUGUACUAAAGUAACAAAACCUGGAGGUUCUCUGGGCUGUUCUGCAGACAGUCAAUAGGGGGAGCUCUAAACAUUGGACUUAAAAAUUUGACUGAUACAAAAAAAAAUCAAAUUCGAUAAUUUUACAAAAAGAUAGAAACAGUGAUGUAAAAAAAAAACCUGUGUGGCUCCACUUUCCGUCUGUCACCUCGUUAAGUCAAACACUUUUCCUCACCCUGACACUAGAGCACCUUAACGAGGGGGCGUGGCCUCUGAGGGGCAAUAAUAAACCUUCUCCUGUAAUAUUCUUUGCACAAGACCAAUCCAAACACAAACCAAUGUUAGAGAUCAUUUAGCUUGUUUGAUUUAAGUGUCGUAAACUUUAACUUUUACAACAAGCAAAUACCGUAAAAUGUCUGAAAACUUUUCUUUAAUAAAACUGUAGAGACAAGUACAGAGCACAAGAUAUAAAGACAGACCCCUUUACAUUAUGAAGAUCGUUUACUCCUGCCUGUUUGCUGUAGGGAUUAUAAAUUAGAUUAGGUCGGCCUCUGCUUCAUCAAUCCUCUCUGGCAAGCUCCCAACUGUCAACAAAACUAAAGCUAACACGAUCAGGUUCCAGGUAAUCUUAUUCUGAUGAGACAGAAACACAGAAAAAAUCCAUUCGGUCUUUGACGGAGGGUUUGUUUUGACAAGCAUGAAUAGAAAUAAAACCUCUGAGGCAGUUAAAUCACAUCCAUAAUCACUGAUUAUCAUGUUUCUACUGCAAUCAGGAUGUGAGAUUAUAUGGAAAUUUGACAUUUGUAGCUUUAGAGGGCGUGUGAGACAAAUUAAGGGACAUUUUUAGACAGAUUUACAGAGAGAGCAGACAAAUCCAUCAGUCCUCCAUUUCCAGACACACCCAGAGAUGCAGUGUCUUCCAGCGUGUGAGCUCACCAGAUUAUCGAUCGCUCGUAAAUGUCACCUAAAUCCUCUGGGAGCAGAUGCAAACAGAAACAGGAAGCACAGAAAAGGAGAUGUUAUGCAGCCAAAGAGUACAUUUAAUUAACUUCAAGAGUAACACUCCAGAUGAGACCACCAGUUUCAUGCAAAGACUUGAAAAAGACAUGCUGCAAAAGGCCAAGGUCAGACUGGAUCCCUUGGCUACACCAGGCCUCUCAGAUCUGUGUUUUCCCCUCUCAUCCUCUGAUUGGUCCUGAGAAGCCCCGCCCAUCUGGCUACAAUGAAUCAUGCAAAAAUGCGGUCCGUGCUGAUCUUGUCCGACCUCGAUCUGAUAUUGUCGUACCAAGGGCGGUGGAUCACCUGAAGCCUGCAGGACUCUGUACCGUCUCAUAUAACAGCAGCUCCCUCUGCAGCGUCAGCACCGAGCCUCAAACACACACACAUCAGCAGAAACACAGAGACACAGUGGCCUAAUUUCUGCGGCGGUCACCCCAGAUGACCUGCCUGGAUUUAAUAUGUGGGAUCAAUCCAGGAGUUUGAGGUGGACUCUGUCUUUAAAUGACUUUUUAUUGCUGCGGGGAACUUGAGUUUGAUAAGCAGGAAAAUUUCUCCUGCAACUUUUUGUGACAAUAAAAAGUACCCCUUAUCUCUUUGGUUACAUUUUCUGAUAAACAGUCUCAUCCUCAUUUCGUAGUUAUUUCACUCACUGUGAAUAUUUACACUGAGAUAUGUUAAAAAAAAAGGCUUUAAUACACUUUCUCUAACGCCUACCUCAAGACAGGAGGUAGCAAGGGUUCAAAAACGACCAUAAAGAAAUGAACACUGCUGCUGCUGCUGAUGGUCUUGUUUGCUCGUUUCAGUCAGAACAUGCCCUGUUUUUUCGUCCUGUCUUGUUUUCCAUUCGGCCCCUAAGAUAAAGAGGACAGCUAAAGUUAUAGUGAACCCCAUCACCGGGCUGAGUCUUAGUUUUUGUCCUGGUUUUCACACAGAAUAGACCGAUAUGGGCAAAAUGACGUCUGUUAUUGUCGUAAAUUUCGGUAUCAGUACAUUAUCGGUUUAUUGCCCAGCUCUACACUUGAAUUAAAAAGACCUGAACAGCAUGAACAGUUUAACCAGAAAGAAAUACACGCAACAGACCAUCAUAAUAACAUCAUAUAGAAAGCAGCUUAUGUUUUUUCCCUAUUUGAGAACAAUUAGAUUUGACGAGUCUUUGACUGCUCUGAUUAAAAUAAAAUAAAGUGUCUUUCUGAUGCUCGGUGAUGGCCAGAUGCUGUCAUGUCUCGUCGUUAUACCGGCAGUGCUGCUCCUUAAAUACACACCCUGAUUUUAUUACAGAGAAAAAUCAAUGUGUUACAGAAACAGGAGCAUGAGGAUGGCCUCUGGAUGAAGUUUACUCUGCUUUGAGCCUCAUGAUGUAGAAGUAACAACACAAAAACAGAAAAAGUUUCUUUUAAGUUCAAUAUCAGCUGUCGAAUUGUUUUUUAUUCACUUUAGCAAAGAUCUACCUUCCAUUUUUCAUCUAUUUAGACAUUUUUUAAAAUGAUCUUGACUCUUAAUUGACUCUAGAGUAACAGAAUAAGCCGGUGUAAUGUUUUCCAUUUGGUGAGUCAUCCUGUGUGGCAUCAGCAUCAGAUUUUAAUUUCAUCUGUAUGUCUGUGAAGUCAUUCUGAACUCAGAUUUCAGAUUGAUGUGUCUCUAUUUCUCACUCUCUUUCUUCUUCUCCUCUUUUUUUUUGUCGUGUCCCCGCAGGGAAAGCAGGUGACGGGUUAUCUCCUCUUCUCUCUGGGCACGGCGGUGAUCGGCUCUCUGCAGUUCGGUUACAACACAGGAGUCAUCAACGCUCCGGAGCAGGUCGGCAAUCAACUGCUAACAUUAAAACAAAGUUUGUAACUUAGUUUCUCCAAUUUAAGAAGCAGGUGCCUUUUCAGAUGUACUCAAACUGAAUAAAGUCCUGUAGGUAUUUUUCCAUUUGUUGAACCAUAUCUGUCUCAAGUUUGUUGACUUGUUAUCUUAAAGUCUAAUCCAUAUUUCAUCUGUCUCCUCUGUCAGAAAUUACGCUCAUUCUUUAACAAUACCUGGAUCGAGCGUUAUGGAGUACCAAUCAGUCCCGGGGUCUGUACCAUCGUCUGGAGUGUCGCCGUUGCCAUCUUCAGCGUGGGCGGCAUGGUGGGCUCCUUCAGCGUGGGUGUCAUGGCGAAUCGGUUCGGCAGGUGGGACUUGAAAAAAUCUGUUGAUGAGUGUUUCUUCUUACCCUGAGUGUUUUCUUCUUUCUUUAAUGGCUCAGAGUAUUUCCUGUGUGGUUUAUCUGAGUGUCAUUUCCACUAAUGGAGGAUAUGAAGUGUGCCAACCGCUCGGCUCUAAUGUUCCCCUGAGUUUGUUCUCUAAGUCCCUCACUUCUCUUAGUGUUUUACCGUAAUCCUGUUGACUCUCUGGGAAGGACUAUGGUGGCCCUGAGGUCCAAAACACAACGGCAAAUCAGAAAACACAAUGACAUUAAUUAUUGGGUUUCCUCUUUUUGUGUUGGGUUUUCUAUUUUAGUGCUGUGUUUUCUGAUUUGCCGUUUUGUUUUCUCUUUUUGCCGUUGUGUUUUGCACCUCAGGGCCACCGUAUGGGACUGCUGUUUUGACCAUUGUCAUAAAUUUGAUUACCAUAUAAAGUCAGGUUCAUAGAAAAACUAGAAUUUCUGUUUCAUUUGAAUAAUAAUUAAACGACCAGUGAGUUUUGAGUUUGAAAAUAUUGUUGUUAUGGAAUUUUGACCAAUCAGAAUCAAGUUUUCAAUCCAGUUACAUUGUAAGCGAAGCUAACGGCCUCCUAUUCUAUCUCUGUAUUUAACAUGCAGACUUUGAGUGGUGUUUUCUUAAAGGGAUAUUCCGGCGUAAAUUUAAGUUAGGGUCAAAUACACCGUAAGAGCGAUGAGUUAAACACCUCCUCCAGAGAUGAAUGUUGCCGACCACUUGCUUCUCUAGUUAUACCAACUUUAGUAACGACCGCAUGAUAGCAAUACAGCAGCCGCUUGUUUGUGGGGGAGCCCUGAUGAGUCGAUCACCAAGUGCAGCUGAAAACUUAUGAUUAAUACUUAAUGGAAAUGCAAUCGACUGAGACGCUAAAGAAGAAGAACUACCGCGUCUGCAGUGCAAAUACAAGAUACACAAGAACUCUGAUUGCCAGGGCUCUCAAGUUUCAUGCAUUCCCUCCCGUUCACACGCUUACAAACAACACAUUGUAUUUCUCAUGCAUUUAAAUUACCACAGUGACAUCCACCAAGUUGCACCUCUCUAACAAUGGAACUCUGAUUGCAUUUCCAUGAAGUGAUAAUCAUAAAUGUUCUUCCUUGAGCUGCGAAACUCCGCUGCACUCGGUGAUCGACUCAUCAGGACUCCCCCCACAAACAAGCGGCUGCUAAAGGAGAGUAGGUGAGUUGUGUUUAGUCUCUUUGCUAAAGAAAUCAGUCAAAGCUAAAAAGAUGUUUUGUGGCUAGUACAAUGGCUGGGACCCUAUAUGUCCUGUUGAUGAAGUUAGGUGCUGUUCUGAGCAUUAUUUGUGGCUAUAGAGUGGCGGUUUGGUUGAGGUUUGUUUAUGGCUCCUCAGAUCGCUGUAUUGCUAUCCUGCGAUCGUUACUAAAGUUGGUAUCACUAGAGAAGCAACAUUCAUCUCUCGGGGGGGGUGUCUAACUCAGUGUUACAGUGUGUUUGACCCUAACCUAAAUUUACGCCGGAAUAUCCCUUUAACUUCCCAAAAACGUCCGUUUAGCAUUAAAAUUAGAUGUUUAAUUUCUAUAUUUCAAGACUUUAAUCGACCAAAAGCAAAAGAGAGUGAAGAUUCUUCGACAGGGCCAACACACGGAUAUAUUUACACCAUUAAAGUGGACAAACACCAGUUGAUCAAUGAGCUGAGUAGAUGAGACAGCUCCUGACCUUCACUGUCUCUCAGGCGGAUCGAUCAGUCCGGACAAACCUGUGUGGAUUUCUCAGCUGAUCGAUGGACCGUUCGAUCUUUAAAGUCCUCAGACACAAACCUGUCACUAAAUGUUUCCAAACACGACUGUACACCCCCCUGACGUUACAUCUUCUUCCUCGUCUUCAGGCGUCGCUCCAUGUUCCUGGUGAACAGUCUGGCUGUGAUCGGCGGUCUCCUCAUGGGCUUCUCCACCAUCUGCUCCUCCUAUGAGAUGGUGAUCGCAGGUCGUCUGGUCAUCGGCCUGUUUUGCGGUCUCUUCACCGGGUUGACCCCGAUGUACGUAGGUGAGGUGUCGCCCACUCCCCUCCGUGGAGCCUUUGGUACCCUCCACCAGCUCAGUGUGGUCAUCGGCAUCCUCAUCGCGCAGGUCAGUGCAGAACAGACUAACCUUAUAAUAAACAGCUGAUCAAGCAUUUGACUGAGCUGCUGUGGUUCUUCAUGUUUAGGUCUUCGGUUUGGAGGCUCUCCUGGGCUCAGAUAAGCUGUGGCCCUUGCUGCUGGCCCUCACUGUGGCCCCUGCUGUGCUCCAGUGCAUCCUGCUGCCCUUCUGUCCUGAGAGUCCUCGCUUCCUGCUCAUCAACCUGAAACAGGAGGAACAGGCACGGAAAGGUACGAGAUGAAAAAUGAAUCCCUAAAAAUAUAACGCUUUAGGACUAUUUACCACAUCCCUCUCCUGGCUGACUCAUCACCCACAAGCAGCCACAUCCUGAAACACACGGCCAGACGACAGGAGACGGACUUUUGUGGGUUUAAUUGAAUCAGUUUUGCUAAUGGACCCGACCACGUCAACCAGGAACCAGAGGAGCUGUGGCAGGAUGUGCACAGAGCUUUCUAGAGUCUGCGUGGUCACCAAAUUUACAGCCCCAGCUUAAAGUUUUCAUCCCGACACAGACUCUUAAACCUGAAGAUAACCUUUACUUAUUUUCAAAACAACUCAGUGGGCUAUUUUAGAGUCAGGAGGGUAAAUACCAGCUACAGUUUGGUCUUCUGUGCUGUCUGAAUUUCUGUUUUAACAUCACACACAAACAUUUUUAUCUAUUUUGCUGUAGAAGUCAUCUUGACUUUUUAAAGUUAACACCAUCCUUGAUAGUGGAGGAUCUUAAACCCCAAAUUUAACCCUAAAAGGUCUCAUGUACAGAUAGAUACGGAAGAGGAUCAGGGCCACUGGAAAAAAAAAAGGUCCAUAAUUUUUUUUGUUAUUAAUCUGAGAAAAAAAGUCAGAAUUCUGAGUUUUUUCUCCCAAGAUAAAAACAGUGGACAUUGUAAUUGAAUAUUCACCCUUUAAGUGUCUGAUGUUUUUAAACUGAAAAGGCAGAUUUCACGUGAGAUUGGUGUUGUGCUCCAGUUUAGCUCGUUUGUCAGUCGUCCACUUGUAAAAACAGGUAGGACAUGGACUCUCCAGUGUCGAUGCAGCGAAUGGCUCCUGAGAGAAUCAUGCUUCUGUCCACUGUGAGAUAAAUUCUGAGUUAAAAAGUCAGAAUUCUGACUUAUUUUCUCUGAAUUCUGACUUUUUUCUCAAAAUAAUUAUCAAAAAAAAUGUUUCUGACCUUUUUUUUUUCCAGUGGCCCUUAUCCUCUCCUGUAGAUAAAUCGACUAAGGAGUGUCAUUUUUUAUUCUGGUUUAAUUUUUUAUUCCACUUUUCUCACAGCUGGCGUUGCCCCCUGCUGGUCAUUUUGAAAGAAUGCAGUUCAGAGCAUUUGAAUGUGAAAUUAAAAGACUGCGCCCACUUAUAGACACCAACAUACAGUCUGUGAUCACAACAUUACAUCUUUUGUAAAUAACCAAGUACUCUUUACUCUUUUUAAUCUACUCAAAAUAAAGUUUGUGUUGAAAAGUAUGUGUUGGUUCGGGUGACUAUAUUCUUAAUCCCCAAAAAGAGGACACAACUACGCAGGGGCGGAGUCACGUCGAGUAAAUUGUGAGAGUUUUUAUACUAGAGGGAUUUUAUAAACCCCCCCAAGACAUGUCCGGACAAAAAAGAGGACAUGUCUGGGUAAAAGAGGAGGUAUAGUCACCCUAAUAUUGGUGCAAAAUAACAUAUAACAUGUAAUAUCAGAUUAACGGGAAAGAGAGGUAAAUCAUUUUAAAGAAGGACAAGACAAGUAAAAAACAAAAGAGAGAAAGGAAGAUUAAAAAAGAGCAGGUUAAAGUCAUAACGUAAAAGAUAAGACAGAAAGAGACAGUGGGGACUGAGUGGUGACAGGUACCAGGGUCAGCUCAGGAGACUGUGGAUGAUGUUUUCACAGAGAGAGAGAGAGAGAGAGGAGAGCCCUUGAAGUGACAGACGCUUCUGGCAUAUGUUCAUCGUGGAGCCUGGCAGGGGUCGACUCUGAGGCUCUGACCCACUUCCUCACACCUGACACAUUUACAAACAAAGACAGGGAUCAGGACUCACGCUGAGAGUUGCAUCACGGGAUACACGAACUGCUAAAAUCACUUAGUUACUCAUGUUUUGUUUUUUGUUUUUUCAGCGUUGGUGCGUCUGCGCGGGAGCGAGGAUGUGAGUAAAGACCUGCAGGAGAUGAAGGAGGAGAGCGCGAAGAUGGCCAUGGAGAAGAAGGUGACCAUCCUGGAGCUUUUCCGCUCUGCGGCGUACCGACAGCCUCUCCUCAUCGCCAUCAUGUUGCAGCUCUCCCAGCAGCUGUCAGGGAUCAACGCUGUGAGUCAGCAACACGCAGAGAAAACAGAGAAACACAUGCAUGCAAGGAAAAAACUGAUGCUCUCCUGGUACUUCAAGAAAGGAUGCAUCAUUUAAGAAUCUCACUGCCAGAAGAGGGAGACAGAGGCAGGAGCUCCAGAUAGACGUGACUCUCAGUGUUACUGUUAUCUUACAUUGACAGUUUAGAGUAGAUCUGACCCUAACACACCCAAACACACUCGAAAUCAAACUGAACCCACAUCAGAAAGAUUAAAGCUCCUCUGAGGAUGUUUUUUGGAACAUAUGUUGUGAUUUAUUAUGAUGUGACCACCUUGUGAAGCCACAUGGUUUCUAGGUAAUAUGUUUCUAUAAAAGCUGGUGGUUCAUAAAGUCACAACUCUAUAACUCUCUGUCUUUCAGGUGUUCUACUACUCGACCGGCAUCUUCGAGUCUGCAGGUGUGAAACAGCCGAUCUACGCCACCAUCGGAGCCGGCAUCGUCAACACCAUCUUCACUGUCGUUUCUGUGAGUGACUUCAGUGAUUCACUCUUUGGUUUCUGAACAUGUUUGUGUGUUUUUAGCAGCACAUCACUCCCUCCUCUGUUUGUUCGUCUGUCUGUCCUGCAGCUCUUCUUGGUGGAGAAGGCGGGACGAAGGACUCUGCACCUGCUGGGAUUGGGUGGGAUGGCGGUUAGCGCUGUCAUCAUGACCGUCUCCCUCCUGCUGGUGAGUUCGGCAUCAUCUAUCGUGGAGAAGAUAGAAUAAUGACCUGUUAUUAUAAUCAGGUUCAUGGUUUUGUUGUAACUCAAGUUUAAUCCCUUCUUCUCUCCAUCUGUCUGAGCAGAAGAACUACACCGCCAUGAGCUACGUGGCCAUCAUGGCUGUCAUGCUUUUCGUGGCGAUGUUUGAGAUGGGCCCCGGUCCAAUCCCAUGGUUCAUUGUGGCUGAGCUGUUCUCCCAGGGGCCCCGGCCAGCCGCCAUGGCUGUGGCCGGCUGCUGCAACUGGACCGCCAACUUUCUGGUUGGAAUGAGCUUCCCCAAACUUGUGGUGAGAAAUGAGGGAGAAUUGUGGUUGGAACUGGUUUUGGUUGAAUUUGGAAGCAACUUUUUCUGACCUUUUCUUUCUUUAGUCUCUAUUUUUGUCUCUCAGGUCUCAUGAUAAACUGAAACACAAGAUCUCUGACAGCCUACGUGAAAUCACACAUUUCUGUAAAACCUAGGCGCCUCUCUUUCCUCUCUCCUCAGGAAUUGUGCGGGCCCUGGGUCUUCCUCAUCUUCACCGCCUUCCUCAUCAUCUUUUUCAUCUUCACCUUCAUCAAAGUCCCCGAAACGAGGGGCAAGACCUUCGACGAGAUCGCCCAGAGCUUCGGCAGCGCCCCGCCUCCUACCUCUAUAUCUGUGGAGGACCCUCCCGCCAGCGCCAGCGCUAGCACCGCCGGGACGCUCCCCGCCUCACCUGUGAAGGAGAAGGUGCCGCUGGUGGAGGCGCCGGCUGCAGCUCCGCCUCCCGCAACCGAGAGCACGCCGCUCGACGACAAAUCAAACUCGACAGUGCAGGAGAGUGUGUAG